UCCCCGGCCACCGCCACAUAAUCCGCGGCCAACUCUGCCGGCAGCAGGAGACGGUUCAUGGCUCGCGCCGCGGCUCCACCAUCUUCCAGGCUGCCGGGGCCGCCGCUGACGGUUAAUCAACAGAUAUACAGAUCAGCUCUCAAAAUGUCUUCUGUGUCUUCCGUGCAUCUUCUAAGACAAUUGCAUUAGCCUGCCUGCUAGUUGACUAAUAGAAUUAAUAAUUGUAAAAAGCACUCUAAAGCCACAUGCCUUAUGAAGUCAAUGCUGGGUAUGAUUUUACAAAUAUGGUCCGGAAAAAGAAUCCCCCUCUAAGAAACGUUGCUAGUGAAGGUGAGGUACAGACCCUUGAGUCUACAGGUACUGAAAGUGAAGAGUCUGGAAGGAAAAAAGAAUUUUCCACAGAGCAGAUGCAAGAAAACACUGACCAGCCUGAUGCGGCAGAGUUGAAUAACAAGGAGGAGCUUUGCACGCAUGUCCAAGAGCCAUCUUCCAGCAUUAAAAAGGACUUGAAAAGCUCAGUGCUGAGUGAAAAGGCUGGCUUCAAUUAUGAAAGCCACAAUAAGGGAGGAAAUGUUCCAUCCUUCCCUCAUGAUGAGGUGACAGACAGAAAUAUGCUGGCUUUCUCAUCUCCAGCUGUUGGGGGAAUCUGUGAGCCCUUGAAGUCUCCUCAGAAAUCAGAUGCAGAUGACACCCAAGAUGUGGUCUGUGCCCCAUCAGGAGAUGCAGCACAGACAAAUGAGGAGCAUCAGAUGUCGCCAAAAGCUUCAGAUGAAACAGCGCAAGUGCAAAGUGGUCAAACUGAUGGCCAAGGCUCAAGCCCGGUCCCCAUGGCCUCAAAAAACCCACAAGUGCCUUCAGAUGGGGGUUUAAGGCUGAACAAAUGUAAAGCAGAUUUGUUGGUAAAUGAUAACCCAGAUACGGCGCCUCUGUCUCCAGAGCUUCAGGACUUCAAAUGCAACAUCUGUGGGUAUGGUUACUACGGGAACGACCCCACAGAUCUCAUCAAACACUUCCGCAAGUACCACCUAGGACUGCACAACCGCACCAGGCAGGAUGCUGAGCUCGACACUAAAAUUUUGGCUCUCCACAACAUGGUGCAAUUCAGCCACUCCAAAGACUUCCAGAAAGUCAACCGCACUGUGCUUUCGGGGGUGCUGCAGGACAUCAAUUCCCAGAGGCCUGUCUUAUUAAAUGGGACUUACGAUGUGCAGGUUACUUUAGGUGGAACCUUUAUUGGAAUUGGGCGGAAAACUCCAGAUUGCCAAGGCAACACCAAGUACUUCCGCUGCAAAUUCUGCAAUUUCACCUACAUGGGCAACUCGUCCACUGAACUAGAGCAACACUUCCUACAGACUCACCCAAACAAAAUGAAAGCAGCCCUUCCCUCCUCUGAUUCUGGUAAAACUUCAGAGAAAAACUCCAAUAAAUCCAGUCCUACUCUUCGACCAUGUGAUUCUGGAGACUUGGGGAAGUGGCAAGACAGAAUCACUGUAAAAGCAGGAGAUGAUACACCAGUUGGAUAUUCGGUGCCCAUCAAGCCAAUAGAUUCCGCUAGACAAAAUGGUACCGAUACAACCAGUUACUACUGGUGUAAAUUUUGCAGUUUCAGCUGUGAGUCGUCCAGCUCAUUGAAACUAUUAGAACAUUACAGCAAACAGCAUGGGGUAAACCAGUCAGGAAGCCAUCACCCAGAUAUGAAUGAUAAGCUUUCUAGGGGAUCUGUCAUUAACCAGAAUGAUCUAGCCAAAAAUGCAGAUGGGGAGUUAGUGACAAAGACAGAAAAGGGUGCGAGUGUGGCAAAAAAGAAAGACUUGACUAGCAAAGGAGCAGAGGACAGCAUGGUGACAAGCUACAACUGUCAGUUCUGUGACUUUAGGUACUCGAAGAGCCAUGGCCCAGAUGUAAUAGUGGUGGGCCCACUUCUUCGUCACUAUCAGCAGCUACACAACAUUCAUAAGUGUACCAUUAAGCACUGUCAGUUCUGUCCCCGAGGCCUCUGCAGCCCAGAAAAGCACCUUGGAGAAAUUACUUAUCCAUUUGCUUGCAGAAAAAGUAAUUGUUCCCACUGUGCUCUCUUGCUUUUGCACCUGUCUCCAGGGGUGACAGGAAGCUCUAGAGUCAAACACCAGUGCCAUCAGUGCUCAUUCUCCACUCCUGACGUAGAUGUUCUCCUGCUUCACUAUGAGAAUGCACAUGAAGCCCAAGUGUCUGAUGUCAAACCUGAAACAAAUACCCUGCAAGGUGCAGAUGGGCCGCUGACUCUCAAAGAGAACAAAGAACACUCAUGUACCAAAUGUGACUUUACCACCCAGGUGGAAGAAGAGAUUUCCCGACACUACAGGAGAGUACACAACUGCUACAAGUGCCGUCAGUGCAGCUUCACGGCUGUGGACACACAGUCGCUACUCGAGCACUUCAACACUGUGCACUGUCAGGAGACAGAUGUCACUACAGCCAAUGGGGAGGACAGUCACGGUGUUUCGGCUAUCAAGGAAGAGCCAAAAAUUGAUCUCAAGGUCUACAGUCUGAUUAAUCCAGACCCCAAGAUGGGGGAGCCCAUGUCUGACAGCAUAGUCAAGAGGGAAAAGAUAGAAGAUAAGGAAGUGCUUAAGGAGAAAGGUUGGACUGACAGUCCCGGUGAUGAUCUUCGCAAUGUGCCCUGGAGAGGAACAGACAUUUUGAGAGGGAGCCCAUCAUACACACAGACCAGUUUGGGCUUAUUGACCCCAGUGUCCGUUGGCCAAGAGCAGCCAAAGCCUUUAAGGGAUAGUCCAAAUGUAGAAGCUGCCCAUCUGGCACGGCCCAUGUAUGGCUUGGCUGUGGAGAGCAAGGGCUUCCUGCAGGGAGUGCCGGCCGGAGCAGCGGAGAAAGCCGGGCAGCUCACCCAGCCCUACCCUGGAUCCGGGGAUGGCAAGGCCAAGGAUGAAUCCCAGUCCCUACUGCGGGCUGCUAUCAGUGAUCAGCGAGAGACUGUGUCCAGUACAAAUGAGUCCAAAUAUGCAAGGAGACGUAGAGGCUCGGGUGUUUUUUGUGCCAAUUGCCUGACCACAAAGACCUCUCUCUGGCGAAAGAAUGCAAAUGGUGGAUAUGUAUGCAAUGCGUGUGGCCUCUACCAGAAGCUUCACUCGACUCCCAGGCCUUUAAACAUCAUAAAGCAGAACAAUGGUGAGCAGAUCAUUAGAAGACGAACAAGAAAGCGCCUUAACCCGGAGGCACUUCAGGCUGAGCAGCUAAACAAACAGCAGAGGGGUAGCAGUGAGGAGCAAGUCAAUGGAAGCCCCUUAGAGAGGAGGUCAGAGGAUCACUUAACUGAAGGUCAUCAGAGAGAAAUUCAGCUUCCCAGCCUCAGUAAAUAUGAGGCCCAAGGUUCAUUGACUAAAAGCCAUUCUGCUCAGCAGCCAAUAUUGGUCAGCCAAUCUCUGGAUAUUCACAAAAGGAUGCAACCUUUGCACAUUCAGAUAAAAAGUCCUCAGGAAAGUACUGGAGACCCAGGCAACAGUUCAUCCAUAUCAGAAGGGAAAGGAAGCUCAGAGAGAGGCAGCCCGAUAGAAAAGUAUAUGAGACCUGCGAAACACCCAAACUAUUCACCACCUGGAAGCCCUAUUGAAAAAUACCAGUACCCACUUUUUGGACUUCCGUUUGUACACAAUGACUUUCAGAGUGAAGCUGACUGGCUGAGAUUCUGGAGUAAAUAUAAGCUGUCUGUUCCUGGGAAUCCACACUACUUGAGUCAUGUGCCUGGCCUACCAAAUCCUUGCCAAAACUAUGUGCCUUAUCCCACCUUUAAUCUGCCUCCUCAUUUUUCAGCUGUUGGAUCAGACAAUGACAUUCCUCUAGAUUUGGCGAUAAAGCAUUCCAGACCUGGGCCAACUGCAAAUGGUGCCUCCAAGGAAAAGAGUAAGGCACCACCAACUGUAAAAAAUGAAGGUCCCUUGAAUGUAGUAAAAACAGAGAAAGUUGAUAGAAGUACUCAAGAUGAACUUUCUACCAAGUGUGUGCACUGUGGCAUUGUCUUUCUGGAUGAAGUGAUGUAUGCUUUGCAUAUGAGUUGCCAUGGUGACAGUGGACCUUUCCAGUGCAGCAUAUGCCAGCAUCUUUGCACGGACAAGUAUGACUUCACAACUCACAUCCAGAGGGGCCUACACAGGAACAAUGCACAAGCUGAAAAGAAUGGAAAACCUAAAGAGUAAACCUUAGCACUUAGCACAAUUAAACAGAAAUAGGUUUCCUUGAUGGGAAUUCAAUAGCUUGUAAUGUCUUGUGAAGACCUAUAAAGCACUUCAUAUAGAGAGCAUGCCUUAUCCAAUAUUAAACCCCUUGUCUUUUCUUUUUCUUCCUUUUUCUUAUUUUUUUUUUAAUUUUUAUUUUUGUUUUUUUUGUUUUUUUUUCUUUUA